AUGGCUAUAUUUGAUAAACUAAACAAGUACAAAAACGCAUUUUCAGUCUAUGUCUAUCAAUUUAAACUAGCAAUUAUUUUGGCCGACAAACAACAAUAUGACAAUAAAUUUGUUGAAACUAUUGAAAACUUUUUGAUAGGUAUGGGUAUAUUGUCCGGUGCUUUGAACGACUAUCAAGAUUACUAUGAACAGGGCUUAGAUAUACAAGAGGGUAAAUGUACCUGGCUCAUUUGUCGGUCAAUGCAAUUGGCCGACGAUAGACAACUGGCCCAACUUGUGGACAAUUAUGGACACAAAAAUGCCGAUCGGGUUCAACAAAUUUGUCGGGUAUUCGAUGAGUUGGAUAUGAAAUCGGAAGUUAGAAAAUUUGCGGACAAUAUGUUCAAUAAGUAUCAACAGUUGGCGGCCAUUGAUUCGGGCAAUGAUUUACUGGUCAAACAAAUUGUCGACAAUAUUUCAUACGAAGUUAGAUAUUAUGCUAAAAUUUGUCACAUUUAUGAUUAG